CGCUCAAUUCCGCAAACAACUAGGCGGAGUUAUUGAUCACAGGCUGCAAGAAUUUUGCUAUCGAUCUCGUCGUACAACGCACAAGUUAAAGAGGUAAACAUUCAGAUUCGGUCAGCAAAAUGACCAUCAUCACGAAGCCGAUCACCGAGAAGAAGAAGCUGGAGCAGCCGCUCGUGAUUAACGAGUCGGAGGCGGACGUCGAGUCAGCCGUGGUGUCGCCGGGCGUUUACCACAAACGCAACUCGUGGGUGCUGCUGCUGGCCGCGCUGCUGUUCCUCAGCUUCGGCAUCAUCGGCUGCACGUUCAUCUACCGCUCGGUGCACCGCAACACCAACUUCAGGGGCUGGUGCCACGUGCCGUACGGCCUCAACGGAGACAACUCGCUCACCAGCCGCUCCACCUUCAACGAGGAGUUCGAGGUCGAUGUCGAGAAGAACUACGCCACCGUCAGGGUGCCCGACUUCUCGGGCGGCAGGGCUGCCAGGUUCAUCCACGACUUCAAUGCUAACAUGACUGGAAUUAUUGAUAUGAUCGGAGACCGGUGCUUCGUCAUGCCCUUGGACCGCAGGGUCAUCGUCCCGCCGACCAACAUGAUCGAUUUGGUUAACAAGAUGUGGGGUGGCUACUACGACAUCGACAUGGGCCGCGUCCGACGCCGCAUGCGAGUGGUGAUUCCUCCCUUGUCGGACAUGAAACCCGUCGGCUUGUACAUCGCGAACGAGUGCGAAGGAAAGUCGACCUACAUGCUGGCGCCCUACCACAACAUCCUGUACAAGCGAAGCACCAGCAUCAACGGCGAGUUCUUCGCCGAGUUCGCCGGGCAGAACCUGCAGCAGAUCGACGUGGUCAACAUGGCCGCGGUCGAAGACUACGAGAAGCAGCAGAACGCCGCGCUCGCCGAUCUGCAGCACUAAUUGCGCUUGUAAUUAUAAUCUUCUGCUUUGACUGUACCUUUUUAAUGUGUUGCGAAGAAGAAAAAGAAAGAAAAUAUUGAGAAUAUAUUAUAUACUUAUUGCCUGCGUUCCGAUGUUAGACCAUUUUCUAAAUGUCGUAGGUGUAUUUUAUUAUUUUUUAAAUAAAUCGUUCCUCUGUGAAAGAGAAUAUUGGUACCUAUCCACGUGUCAUAUUUUUCAAAUUUUUAAUUUUAUCUCUUGCCAUAAAUAAAUAUUAAUCCUUGAUAAUAAUUGUGAGACUAGAUAUAUAUACUACGCAACGCACUCGCCACCUUCUUUGCAACGUUUAUAAAGUGUAGCAUUUUACUAUAUUCUAGUGAAUUAGCUGUUAAAAUAUGAAUAAUAAAGAUAUUGGAAUUUUUAA